CCCUGGUUCCAGAUAAGAUUGAGCAAAAAAAAAAAUGGAGAACAACAAGUAUACCACGGAAGCCCAGUUUUUGACCCAAAAACUGAAAUGUGGGGAGUUUAAAAUAGUUAAAAACAUGGCACGAGUUAAGUCAGACGUAUGGGAUGAUUUCGGAGUUAUCGUUGACGCUGAGAAACAACAUGUGGAUGGAUUCGUAGCGUGCAAAAUGUGCAAGCGCGUUUUCACCUAUCAGAGUAAACGAACAGGCACUUCCAGCUUGAAAAAACACAUUGAGAGAUGCCCGAACUUCAAUGAAGGAAAGCCGAUAAAAAGACACCCGAACCCCACAGAAGCAGGGGGCGUGACCGUGUCACCCUGCAGGGAACCUCCAAAUAAAAGGCAAAUGUUUGAUCCACCCCGAGGUGCUACGGCCAAUCUAGCCCAACACAGGUCAGAGGUUACUGGACCACAAUGCACUGCAAGCGACUCCUCCCAUGGAGAUGACACAGACGGGACUGAAAUUAAACCCAAACCAACAGACACAACGGAUUCCACCUACAGUUACAGGCUAUUGCCACCCACAAACACCAACUACAGAGACCCCAACUACAGAUACAGGCUGUUGAAGGUGGAAAUAGUAGACUGCUGGCAAACGCCACACCUUAACAUCAUCAUCAAAGAGGAGGAGGAGGAGGAGGAGGAGGAGGAAGAGUGUUCUUUCAUCGUCAAAGUAGGGGAGGAGGAAAAGGAGGAAAACAUAGAUGCAGUAAAAGAAGAGGAAGAGGAAGAAGACGACGACCAGGAGGAGGAGGGUGGUGUUGUGGUGAAAGAAGAAGAAGAGGAAGAAGCCAUUGGGGAUUUGACUCGUCCCGAUGGAACUAGCAGUCGAUGGACUGUCGCUGGCCGGAGGUGCUACGCAUCGGAAGAGACACCCCCUCCUCAGAAGUCUCAGCACGCUGUUCUGUACUGCCCCGACUGCGGGAAGAGUUUCGUCAGCCUCGGCAUGCUGAACUCGCACAGCCGAAUCCACCGGCGCAGAGUCGCCAACGCCACCACGGACGAGCAGUCUCACGACUGCCCUGACUGCAGCAACACCGUGGCCGGCGACCUCAACAAGCAAGGCUCGAUUGCCCAAACGGAGAGGACACACCACUGCUCUCAGUGUUGCCGGAGGUUCCUGCGACUCCAGCACCUCAAGGACCACGAGAUGACUCACACCGGAGAAAAACCCUACACCUGCCCUGCCUGCGGGAAAGGCUUUGCCUGGCAAGUGAGCCUACGGAGGCACAAACGUGCACACUGCCUUAGUGGAGGUGGGAUCAUCGAAGUACAUGUAGAAUAAUACUGUAUUGUAUUAUAUCUCAUAGAAUAAUACUGUACUGUAUUAUAUCUCAUAGAAUAAUACUGUACAGUAUUAUAUCCCAUAGAACAAUACUGUACUGUAUUAUAUCCCAUAGAAUAAUGCUGUAUUCCAUCCGGCCCCGUGGUAGCUAAUAAAAUAGUUUUGAGGGGAAGUAAUACAGAACUCAUCAGCCCACUCAUAUACACCUGAAUCUGAAUAUAAAUUAUUUUGACAUUAUUUUAAUGGACAUUCUGUAUAAAUGUUUUAAUAAUUGGCCUUCUGGCCUGCAGAUCAUUUAUGAUUAACAAAUUACAAAACAAAUGUGUCCUAUUUAAUUUCAAAAUCCUGAUGUGGCUCCUAAGCCAAAAGGUUUGCCCUCCCCUGCCUUAGACAAGUACUCUACUGUGCUGUCCUGCAGACAGAUAUUGCACAUUAUUUUAUCUCACAUAAUAAUGCUGUAUUGAAUUAGUUGGUUUUCACUCCAACCCUGAUCUAUCUGAGGACAUCGAAGACUUACCCGGUUUGGAAUUGGAAUCACCUAUUUUCCGCAAAGUAUCUUUAAAAAUAACCAGAAUUGGGUGUAAAUGCGCUGCUGGUCGUAGAUCACACAGUGAUUGAGUACACUGUAGUGUCAGACUUCAAGAAAGUCAGGUUAGUUUCAACUGUGGUUGAAGCAAAGGCCUACAAGAGGGUGCCUGGAGGAAAAGGUUGGAGUAAAAAGGGGAUUUCUCCAGGAACAGGGUUUGUAGUUAAAUGGGUUUUUCUCUUUUGUUUGCCAAACGUUCUGCCACUGAUCCUGGCCCCUUUUAUGGAAGUAAAGUUAUGAGGUCAAAUAAGAUCAAAAUAUGAUCACGUACUUAGACAGAAUAGGUGACUUGUAAUUAUAUAUACAGUAUAUAUGUGAUGUUUAUAUAAACAACAGGAUCCAUGUAUUUUAAAAUCCAUAUUUCCCCAGUGUUCAUUGUGUAGUUGUGCUACUGGGGACUGCUGAAUAUCUUUUAAAAACAAAAUGCAUUGACUAGAAACCUUGAUUUUGGGUUGGAUCUGAAAUUAAUGGCUGAGAUACAAAAUUAUGAAAAUAAAAGGGGAUGUCACACUCCACUCUGAUUUCUCUGAUUUAUUUCAAAUCAGGUAUUUUUUCCUUUCGUCCCGGAUAUAUUCAAGCAGCUUUUUCAUUUGCAACACAUUUCGCUCAACACGUGCUGGGAUCUGUCUUCCUGUGUAGCACAGCGGUCUACAUCUGAUCUGUGCGUCUAUAUCUGACCGCGUGGAAUCAGUGUCUAAAUAGUCUGUAGAUUCAGUGUUUGACUGCAGAGUUUAACAGUUACUAUGAGAUUUGUUCCUGAGGCAGGUCAGUUUCUCCGGAAUGUGAACUAUUUUGUCUGUUAAUGGUCUAAUGACUUAUGAAUCCUCUCCCAUGGGUCUGAAACUGUCAGUUCGUAUUGUAUCCCUGGCUUUGUAGAAGGUUUGCAUGCAUGCUUUCUUGUAUGUGACAAUUUGCAAUUUUUUCGACUCAUGUUUGAUGUUUGUUAAACCAAUAAACAACGGUCAAGUCA